UUCAGUUUUGUUUGAUUUUUCGCCGACAUCGCCGAUUUUCCGUCAAAUCAGGAGAUUUUCUCCCAAAAAAAAAAAACAAAAUAAACAGGAAACUGUAGUCCAGUAGAAAUGUUUUAUUUUAAUAAAUAAAUAUUGGCCAAUCGAGUUUAGAAAUAAUAGUUUUGAUUCAGUUACCCAGAAUGAGUGGCGCACAACGGAAUCUAGAUCGCAAGAUCGUUGUCAUUGGAGCUGGGGCCUCGGGCGUGGCCUGUGCCACCAAGCUCCUGGAGCUGGGCUUCCAGAAUGUGCUCGUCGUGGAGGCGGAGGAUCGCCUGGGCGGUCGCAUUCAUACCAUUCCCUUUGGCGACAACGUCAUCGAUAUGGGUGCCCAGUGGUGUCACGGCGAAAGGGACAAUAUUGUCUACGAGCUGACCCGCAAGCAGGAGGAGGAGUUGCUGGAGUCCACGGGACCGGUGUACGAGAACUACCAGUGCGUGAGAUCCAAUGGAGAGGUGGUGGCCGACCAGGUGGCCAGCCGGCUGAAGGCGAUUGUGGGUGAUUCCCUGGUGACCCGGCAGCUGGAGCUGCGACACUGCAGCGGCUCCCUGGGCAGUUAUCUGACCAACAAGUUCUACGAUACCCUGCGUCGCCCGGAGAACUCCGAUAUCGACGCCGAGGUGGCCAGGGAAUUCUUCGACAAUUAUCAAAAGUUCGAAAACUCCGUGGAGGCCUCCGAUACACUGGAGCAGGUCUCGGGUAGGGGCUACCUAGACUACUGGGAGUGCGAGGGCGACAUCCUCCUGAACUGGAAGGAUAAGGGCUUUGUGGAGCUGCUAAAACUACUCAUGCGAUCCCGAGAGCUAAAGGCGGAGUAUGGAGUCCUGAAAGAGCGACUUCUGCUCAGCACUAGGGUGCAGAAAAUCAACUGGAACCGAAACGAUGGACGUGUGGAGCUCCAGCUUAGUAAUGGUGACUCCUGCAUAGCCGAUCACGUAGUGGUCACCGUAUCACUUGGUGUCCUCAAGGAGCAACACUGGCGGAUGUUCGACCCGCCACUUCCGAUCGAGAAACAGCGGGCCAUCGAUGGUCUGGCCUUUGGGACGGUCAACAAGAUAUUUGUGGAGUUUCCAGAGGCCUUUUGGCCGGAGGACUGGACAGGAUUCACCCUACUCUGGCGAGAGGAGGAUCUGGACGACAUCAGGGGUACUUCCCGAGCCUGGCUGGAGGAUGUGUUUGGCUUCUACAGGGUAAGCUAUCAGCCUAGGAUCCUGGCAGGUUGGAUCAUCAACACCAAUGGCCGGCACAUGGAAACCCUGCCGCUGGACGAGGUCGAGGCUGGCUGCAUGUACCUCUUCCGGCGCUUCCUUCAGUGGAUCAUACCAGACCCCAAACAGUUCAAGACUUCCGCGUGGUAUUCGAACGAGAACUUCCGUGGCUCCUACUCCUACCGUUCCAUGGAAACGGAGCAACUGGGCACCGGAGCCCGAGAGCUGGCCUACCCUCUGACCGUAGUGGCCACCACGCCGGAACGGGAAAAGGAGCCGGAGGACGAGCUGUGGCAGCAGAGUCGCUGCGAUCGACCCAUUGUCCAGUUUGCCGGGGAGGCGUCCAGCGAACACUACUACUCCACGGUGCAUGGAGCGGUGGAGGCUGGCUGGCGCGAGGCCAGGCGCUUGGCCCAGUUCUACGGACUUAGCGGAUCCCGCUCCGGCACCAAGUCGCAACUAUAGCCACUAUAACUAUAACGAUACCUGGCUAAUCUGUCUUUGUCUUCGCACUAAAAAAAAAAAACAAAACAAUCAAGUAAACUGAACAAUACAUCCUGGAUAGACUUCAUAAGCAUAAGCUAAAUUUACGGACCAUAGGAUAUAGGUGACUGGAUAUGUAUCCUUAUAGUAUAUAUCUGCGAAUGUGUGCGUGUCAAUAUGUAAACAAGAGUGCUGCCCAAUAAAGCUGUGUCCAAGUCUUCUCUAA